CGAGAGCAUGAGACAAGGAGAGGACGAUGCACCUCGGACGAGGAGGAGAGGUUGAGUGCGGAGGGGGAGAAGGAGGAGGAGGAGGAAGAGGAGGAGGUAUAGUCGGUGGUGAUGAUGAUGAUGAUGAUUAUGAUGGUGAUGAUGAUGAUGAUGAUGAUCAUGAUGGUGAGGAUGAUGAUGAUGAUGAUGGUGGCGAUGAUGAUGAUGAUGAUGAUGAUGAUGAUGAUGGUGAGGAGGACGAUGAUGAUGGUGAUGGUGAUAAUGAUGAUGAUGGAAGGACAAUUAAGCCAGGGCCCACGCCUGCUGAAGAGGCAGAAAUCGAUCGUCGGCAGGCAGAGAAAAAGAAAGAGAAAGAAGACAAAAAAAGACAGAACGAAGAGGGGAUAAAGAAGAAAGCCCAAAUGGAAGAAGAAAAAUUCAAAAGGGAAAUGAAAAAAAAGUUAGAGCAGCAGUUGAAAGAGGAGUUACAGACUAUUGAAGAAGAAGAAGAGGGUGAUGAAGGAGCCGAAAGGCUGAUCAGACGGCGGGCUGGAAGAGGAGAAAGUAGUCAGAUGGGUGAAGGACUUAAUGUUAAGCCGGCGGAGUGGUAUGAUCAGUAUGCAUACUCCAGCGACCGGAUACAGGAAACCGACGAAGAACGAGAUACGUUCAUUGCAAAGUUGACAUCCAUUGAUGACCAGAAAGAAAAGGACCUUAUGCUCGAAGAAAAACGUGCAGAAUUGCAUAGCAAAAUGUUAGCAGCAAAAAGGCAAGAAUUAGAAGAAAGGAAAAGACUACAAAUAGAAGGAGCAAGGUUGCAGAAAGAGUUGCAAGAGCAGAAAAACAAACAGAUUGCAACCGAAGAAAAGCUUGCCUUGUUGACAGAAACGGUCCUUCAUACAAAGCAAGAGGUCGCGGCUAUAAAUAGAACUUUGCAGAAAGUCGAGACCAACCAAUAUAAGUUUGAAGGAAUCUGGAAUACCUUCUUGGAAAAGUCCGCCGAAGACGUCGAUCAGCAUGUAAAAUCAUACAUUGAAAAGUUAGACAACCACAUCACCCAGACCUUUACUCCAGCUGUGAUUGAGAGGAUAGUCAAAGGCAGCGGCGGAGGCGGAGGAGAUGGAGAUGGAGACGGAGAUGGGGUGAUUACAAGAAAGGAAAGGGUGUCCAGCGAGAAGAAGGAACAGGGCAGAUUAAUAAGAUCAAAGCUCGGAAGCAUCAGCGAGAUGAAGAAAAAGGACAAGUACGUUGACCACCAUCACAAUGGGAUUCGCCAAGCGGGGAACAAAAGCCUAUUGUCCUAUGGCCCUAGACUGGGCAUUCCAGGGUGGACGGGAUUUGUUCCCAUUGAGGAAGGCAUCCUCAUUCCUAUCAAAGACUGCACAAGGCAUGUGGAAAAGACGGGCAAUGAAAUUGCAACAUCCAACCUUCUCAAGGAGAAAGUUGCAGGCGAGCCUACAACCUAUGGUCGUAUGGGGAAACACCCCUCGUUGGCGUAUAAAAUCAUCAAGGAGCAGGGCGGUGGGUGGUGGUCCAGAGAUGCCAGCAGGACAAAGAAAACCAAAACUGGACCUCUCGCUGACAAAAGCAUCUACAAGGCUGACAUAGUGAAGCACAGCGAUUUUGUUAAAGUUGCCCCGCCAGACGAUGAAGGCAAGGAGAACAAGAAGCCCCAUCUUGGGUGCUCAUCAAGAAGCAGUAGCCCUCGACCAAAAUACGAAGAGGUCGCUGCCUGCAUCAAUGGAAUGGUGCAGAGUUAUCGGUUUGAUUCAGCUUAUACACUGAUGGCAAUUGACAAUCCUAAGGUUGGUGGCAAGGUGGCUGCAGGCCUUUUCAAGACCAGGAGGCUAGUAGCGCCAACGAAGGAGGUAAACCUCAUCCUUCCAGAUUCUGAGGCAAGGCCCUACGAGUGGAGGAAGAGCGCACCAUCUCAAAACCCCUGGGACAAGGAGUGCAUUUUCUUCCAACCGGAUGGCCUUCGAAACGCCCCAUCGAUGUACACAACUUGUCAUGGAGUCAGAGGUUCCAAUCCUCUGGCUCAGAGUGCUGUGAUGUCAGGGAGUGUUUCAGAUCAAUCCAGCUGCCGAACAUGGGACCUGGCCAUGACCAAGUCUGGUCAGCAGCUGCCCGGAUACGCUGGGUACAUACCUUCUUAUUCUCAACGAGCAGAUGCCCGACCACGUCGGAAUGCCAAGGAGGAUAUGCUGCAAUUCGAGCUUGAUCAAUAUAAUCACGGUCAUAUUCCAUUCUACCAAGGUUACCUACCGAAAGCUGUGAGCAAUAUCAAGCCAUCAAAAGGACCAACAGAUAGGACAGUCUAUGGGAGUACUAAUGCAAGUGUGCAGGCAGAACUAGCAAAGGGACCCCCACUGCGUACUUCUCAAAAUGCCAGGACAGAUGAAGUGACCAAAUUCUUCAGCAAUGGCAAGUCGGAGUUUGUGUCAUUUAAUGGAAGGACCUUUGCUGAGAGAUACUUCCACAUCCUCCGGCCCAAAGAGGGUCUCCCCAAAAUUCUUUAUCCUUCAAAAUACAACGACCAUGGAUCCCGGUUUGCUAAUCAAGGAUUGCCGCCCUCUGUGGACCUGCAUAUAUAUCGUAAUGGCACUCGUGUUGCCAGAAGAUAAGCCAGAAGAAGAACCAAAGAGCAGUACUUCUGGUUUUGGGCCUUGUCAACAGGUUGCUGUGGGAGAGAGUGGGGGAAGUAUGUUAUCCCUUGAUAAAUACGGCAGGAUCAUUCACAAUUAGAUGAUCACUAUUUGUCAUUGUCAGUGCCACAAAACGCAAUGUGUCAUAUGUUCAGAGGGCUUAAGGAUAUCCGUUGACUAGGGAGUUGUGUACCAGAAGACUUCGUUCUCCUGCUCUCAUAAAAAACGAGCUGCACAACCUGCACCCGGUAACUGCUUUCCAAUUCUGGGCAAGGCUAUGAUUGUGAACUCCUAUGUUGGCGUGAAUGACCAGCAGCAACAGCAGACAGUGUGGUUCUGUUGCCAACUUGCCGGAUACCAUGCAGAGGGAUAGACGAGUCCGACAUCCAAAGCAACAAAAUAUGAAUUACUGA